GCGAGAUUCAAACAUAUGGGCGUUGUAGAGUCUUUUGAGCACCGUGUGGAAAGUGUGGCCAUGUUGGACUGGCCUUCAACUUCAGUAGACCGCAAAUACGAAGUAUAAUGCGAGCACUGUGGCGUUUCCCUCUGGCCCCGGCAAUCGAGGUUGCAGGAUGGUUCAGCUGCAAACGUGCAAAGAGUGAAGGCCGACCUCCAGCUCCACUGGGUGCGAGGAUACUUACCAAUCCGGAGCACAUAUUCCAGCACAACAUGUGGGACCAUGUUCAGUGGUCAGAGGAAGACAAAGAAUAUGCAAGGCAAAAAGUAACAGAAAAUUCCAGAGAAAAAAUACCAGUUAAGGAACAGGCUAAAUUUGACAUAGAUGCCAGUAAAUACUGGGAUGGGUUUUAUGAGAUGCACCAGAACAAAUUCUUCAAGGACCGCAGCUGGCUGUUCCACGAAUUCCCAGAGUUGCUUACCACAGGGACGCCAGGCUGUAUUUUGGUUCCUGAACCGGGGGAGGGGCGGCGAAAUGGGACACCCAUCCAUCAGCAGGGCUCGGGGGGUGACGGAGAGACUGCUGAUUUCCCUGGGAAUCAGGCACCUUUCAGGAUCUUCGAGAUUGGGUGUGGAGCCGGUAACAGUGUGUUUCCCAUCAUCAGCUCUAUCAGGGGCACGGGAUCCUUUCUGUACUGCUGUGACUUCUCUCCACGCGCUGUCCAGCUGGUGAAGGACCACCCUGGCUACGACGGCUCUGUCUGUCACGCCUUUGUCCAUGACAUCCGCCAAGGGGGUGCCGUUCUGCCGUUCCCCCCCCGGAGCCUAGACGUGGUGCUGCUGGUGUUCAUGCUGUCAUCUGUUCACCCUGCGCGAGUACAGGACGUCGUGUCCCGCCUGGCCCACUUCCUGAAACCUGGAGGGGUGCUUCUGUUCCGAGAUUAUGGCCGAUACGACUUGUCUCAGCUUCGAUUUAAGAAAGGUCGCUGCUUGUCAGAGAAUUUUUACACUCGAGGAGACGGGACGUCUGUGUAUUUCUUUACAAAAGAUGAAGUUCAUGAGCUGUUCAAGAGUGCUGGUUUGGAGGAGAUUCAGAACCUGGAGGACAGGAGGCUGCAGGUGAACAGGGGGAAGAAGGUGGUCAUGCGACGAGUGUGGAUGCAGGGGAAGUUCCGGAAGCCCUCCCCAUCACCUUGAGCUCCAAAUUCCAGGAGUAUGAAGGUGGUCCAGAGAGGUGUGAGAAGGUCCAGUGCCGGUCUCUGCAUGGUUCUGACAGCAUAGCGAGAGAGUGUCACUAUUUAUUUAACUCUGUGAAAACAUUUCAAAGAAUGAAAGAAAACAAAUGUGAAUAUAACGUGUUAAUGAAUUUCAUAUUCAUAUUCAAGUUUCAUAUAUUCUUGUAAAAACAAUAAAAUGUACUUUAAUUUCACUAUUCAACACUGGAAAUAAGUACUGGAAAUUAGGUUUUUAAAUUAUUAAUGUGAUGCAAACUUUCUAAUGAGGUCUAAAUUGUAACUGUGUGGUGCCUUUUGCCGGGACAUCUCAUGCACUGUACAUUAUUAUUAUCAUCAUUAUAAUUAUAAUUAUUAUUAUUAUAUUUUUUCAGUAUGUUUCAGUACAUUGGGGUGCUGAUUAGUAUCUAUACCCCUUUAUUACAAUAUUUUAGUUAAAUUUGAUGUUAAAGGCAGUCAGGCAGUCUUGUUUUGGAGCCCUUAUCAGUGCUUUGUAUAUACCUCUUUUUAAAAUAAAGUACAUCUACAUUA